AUUAAUGUUAUGAACGCUAGAUUUGCCUCCUUGUUCAGCCCAAAAUCCCAAUCCAGCUCCAAGGGAAGUUACGCAGACGCCAUGCGACUCUUCAAGCUAUGAACAGCCACAGAGAUGGCGUUCCACGACGGUAGCUCCACCCGGGAAAGAGCAAUCCCCGCCGGAGACUUGAUUCAACGACAUGUGGAAACAGAUUUGACGACUGGGACAGCCGUCGGCGACUCAGCGAUCCAUACCCGCGGCGGCACGAACCUCCAAACUGAACUAACAGCGGAGCUAGUGUCAACCGCCGGCUUCAGCGACCAGUACAGUAGCGGCGGCGGCCAUCGAGGUUCAGAACACGGCAGUGAAUACAGAAAAGGACAGAAAGAGAUAGCAAAGAAAAGAGAAUGCGGAGAGGAGAGCAGAACACGAGCAGAGCAACCCAAUCCGAAUCCCCAAAUCAAACCAAAUUCCAAAUUCAACAUAACCAACCACACAAUCCAAUAUUCAUACUCACGAAUUCAACAUCAAUUGAACGAAACGUCCCAAUGAAUCCUAAUCUAUGAACUAAUUCCAACAAGAGAUUAAUCACUCACCUCGAUUAACUGCUCCUAAUUGGAAAAGGAAAAAAAAAGAAGUAUAACUAUACGGACUGCAGCUGGAUCACCCAAGAUAUGAGUGGCUCAGAAGGUGUGCAAAUGACCAAUCGCAAAAGGCCUCUUAUUUCACAAAUGAAGAGUAUGCUAGUAG